AUGAAAGAGAAGGACAUUAUUUGUAACUGCUGCCGUAAGCUGAUGCCUGAGAUUUCUAAAGAUGGGCGAUACAGAGAGAUCGUCUGGAAAUUCUGCUCCCUAGACAUGCAGCUUGCAAUUCGACACACAGAUUACAUCAGGCUGGACUCGUCCGUCUGUAAAAAUGAAUCAACCUGUUUUGUGCAAGAACAUUCUGCUGCAGCCAAGACUGGUGGCUGCUUCCCAGCGAGCGCCACGGCCACUAUAGAAUCUGGGGAGAAGUUGCCCGUGUCUGACCUGCGCCCUGGCAUGAAAGUUCUAGCCAUGGACAGUGAUGGCCACUUCUUAUACAGUAGUUUCCUGACAUUUUUGGAUAAGAAUACUCAUGUAGAAAGUCUGUUCCAGGUGAUAAAGACUUUUGACCCUCCUCGACAGCUUUUCCUAACUCCAUCACAUCUCAUAUUUGUGGCAGACAAUUUCACCAGCAAGCCUACUGAUUUCCAAGCAGUGUUUGCUGGCCGUGUGACACCAGGGCAAUAUAUACUAGUCUCAGGUGUGCCAGGCCUCUUACCAGCAAAGGUAAGCUCAGUGAGUACGGAAACAGACAUUGGGGUCUAUGCUCCCCUCACCCAACAUGGGACAAUAGUGGUGGAUGACGUGGUAGUUUCCUGUUUUGCACUGGUACAAAAACAGAGGCUAUCUCAACUGGCAUUUUGGCCCCUCCGGAUAUUUUACAGUCUAGGAGUAAUGGGGGGAAAUCAAUCAUCCCAACUGGAUGGUCUUCACUGGUAUAGCCAAGCUCUUUAUAACUUGGGCAGAGUAAUACUUCACAAAAGUGAGUUCCAUCCUCAGGGCAUUCUUCAACUAGAGAGCUGAGUGUGAAAUUAGAGGUUUAAGCAUCAAAUAAAGAUUUCUUCUGAAUGCUACUGUAUUGGGUACAUUAACAGUAUCAUUCUAUUUGGUCUACUGAUCCUUCCCGAGAGA